GUCUCGAGCGGGAGAAACAACCCAAAAAUUUUUUGUCCUGGGCUGGUGCGUUCCUCGCGCGAAAUUCGCGGCCAAAUACGCUGUUGUUGUUGUUGUUGUUGUUGUGGUUCGUGCGUGUGUGUGUGUGGAUAUUGGCGAGUGGAAGAAUUCAUCCCGCGGCCGCACGAUUCCCGUAAUGCCGCAGUGCCGUACGCCACCGACGACGUACGCGCCGCUUCCGGUUGCGCGCUCGUGCCACACCGUGCGAGAUAACGCGCCCGCCACUGCCGGUGUAUAAAGACAGUAUCUAUUUUAUUGUGUCGGGGUGUCUGCAGUGGCUUGUGCGACGUGUUUUUAUAUAGACCCAGGCACAGCCACGGGUUCGUCGUCUACCGUGCUUUUUUUCGCUCUCUUCUAACGACGCUGAUGCUGAUGACGGCGACUGGUCUGCUGGCCGGCAACGCGACCGAUGAGUGCCUGCGGGGGACGAACGGGACGCUCGGCUGGGGCAACGGUACGGGCGACGAGCCGCCGGAGGCGCCGGUGCGGCUCAACCUGCCGUACGCGCUGCUCGAGGCGACCGUCGCCCUGACGGCCAUCUUCGGCAACACGCUCGUGAUCGUCGCGUUCCGGACGGAGCGGCGGCUGCGGCGCCGCACCAACUACUACAUCGUGUCGCUCGCGUCCGCCGACCUGCUGGUCGGCACGCUCGGCAUCCCGUUCGCGGUGCUCGCCUCGAUCGGGCUGCCGCGCAAUCUGCACGCCUGCCUGUUCACCAUCUCGCUGCUGGUCGUGCUGUGCACCAUCUCGAUCUUCUGCCUGGUCGCGGUGUCGAUCGACCGGUACUGGGCGAUCCUGCACCCGCUCGCCUACUCGCGCAACAUGCGCACCAAGACGACGCUCUACAUUAUCAGCAUGUGCUGGCUGGCCGGGUUCAUCGUCGGGUUUCUGCCGCUGUUCGGCUGGCACGAGCAGCCGGCCGAGGACGCCUGCCUGUUCGUGAAGGUGAUGAACUACGACUAUCUGGUGUUUCUGUACCUCGUCACGAUCAUCAUACCGGCGGUGCUGCUGCUGGCGUUCUACAUCCACAUCUACCGCGUGAUCGUGCGGCAGCGCAAACAGAUCCUGUCGGUCAACUCGAUCGACAGCCGGUGCAUGGCGAGCAUCGAGGAUGGGGCCGGCAGCUGCAGCCAGUCGGGCCGGCACGCGACCAAGCGCCGGACGCAGCGCAAGGACCAGUACAGCGGCACGAUGCUGCGGGUGCUGCGCGCCGCCCAGAACCGGGAGGUGAAGGCGACCCAGAACCUGUCGAUCAUCGUGCUGUUCUUCAUGCUGUGCUGGAUGCCGCUGCACACGAUCAACUGCAUCGUGGCGUUCUGCCCCCAGUGCCACAUACACGCGCCGGUCAUGCUGCUCGUCAUCACGCUGUCGCACCUCAACUCCGCGCUCAACCCGCUGCUGUACGCGUACCAUCUGAAGGACUUCCGGGCCGCGCUCAAGCGGCUGCUCCUGUCGCUCUUUGGCAUUGCGCCCCGGCCGGCCCCGCCCCGGGACUGUGUCAACUGCAUUUCCGCGCUGGCCCAGCAGCACCAGCAGCAUCAGCAGCAACAUCAGCAGAUUUUCCCGUAGAUGUCUGUCUUAGGAACUCACGCAACGGUUUUUGUUUGUGUUGCUGCUUGGUGGCGCCCUCUGAGAAGCAUGUGCUAGAUGUAACGCGCACCGCUAAAGUUGUCCGUGGUCUGUAACGCUUGCUCCCAUAACCCGCCCGCCCCGUCGUGGGCUCACCCAAUGUGUGAUCAAUGUGCCUAACGCGUGGACAAUCCAUAGCGCCGUAAGUGAAGCUUCACUGUAAACUGUAACCGCGUAACAACAACAUAUCAACAAGUGCCUCCGCACUCGGUGCGGACUCAAACACAAGGGAGUGCAUAUUUAUAUGGAGAUAUUUUAAUAUUAGCUUGAUUGUUUCGUUUCCUCUCCUUUUUUGUACAAACACAACUGAUCAAGUUUGCAGCAUGCUGUGAACUGUUUCCAAUAAUGCGAAAAUAAAUCUUUUGCUGUGUCUGUACAUGUUG